AUGACUGUCAAGCGUCGCGGAAAAGAGGACGACAAGUCUUCAGUAAUACAAACAGAACGUGGUCAGAACGUUGACAAGAAGACCAAACAGCUCUUGUUUUUUCACUGUGAGAUGGAGACCAUCAAGCAAGUAUUUCUCAAAUCAAGCGAGGAAUUUUCGCAAACAGGUGCCAAUCGUGUGUAUGAAAAGUAUUACAAAAAGCGACAGUCCAAAUGCAAAGCCUAUUGUUUGAUUGACCGCAUCCGGUUUCAAAAACGUGGAUCCAUUGGCUCACAUCCAUUCAGAAAAGAGUUGACCUACAGAGAAAUAAAACAUUUUUUUGUUUUUCCAUCUAAUCCGUCCGUGUUUAUGCUGUGCACAACCAGCGAGAAAAACGGGAAAAGAGCAUACGAAGCGUUUCGUUGCGCUCCAGAAUGCGUUUCUGUUAUAUGUGAUUUAACUUACCGAGCUUCUACGGAUCCGCAAAAUAUCCUUCGUGGAUUAGCCCUGGCUGACCAUAAAUACUCGAAUGGAUACGGGAAGUCGUACAUUUCAAACUCAGAGUUGUACUUAGAUGGAGAUCCUUUUGAGUCUGCCGCUGAUCUGAGAUCACACGAUGAUCUUCUGAGUUGUGAUCCACACAUGAUCAUUCCGGGCACACCAGCCCUCGGUGCCUACUUGGAAAGCAGCUCAUCAUCCGACUUUUUGCCACGUAAACCAAUGGAUCAGUGUGUUCCACAAAAGUCAAGUUCUUUGAACGCCAUUAAUGUGAGCAAUACUCAUAAAGAGAAAACGGUGACCGGCGUGUACAGCUACUACGAACUACACGAACCAGAGCAUAGGUCACCGUCUCCAGGGGAUUCCAGACUCCGAAUAUCUCAUCCAUCACCUCACCCCUUGAGCAACAAGCAGAUAGGUUAUAAAGAAGUUCUGACGAUUUCACCACCGUUCGAUAUGCUGGAUAAAGACUCACCCAUAAGAGAAAAAGCCCAGAUUGUUCAGGGCAGUAUGAAACAUUUCAACACCAGUCCUAAGAAUCAGUUGGUCUCGAUAAAAUCUCGUCCAAGAAGCCAAGACGAACUAGAAUACAAUGAAGUGAAAAAAACAAACCGUAUUAUUAUUGAGCGUGACAUUGACAACGGUCACAAUCUAAACGUCAACCAGCGAAGGUCAAUGUCAAUCCAAAACCUGCUGUGGGGCGACGAGGUGACAUAUAUCAGUUCAGACCCAACAAAGGGAAUAAACGUGACAGAAAAUGGUCCAAUAUUCAUGUACAUCACAAGAUACGCAAGUCAGCAAGACCUAAGCUCAAUAAAACACUUGAACUGCCAUUUUAACAAAUCAUCCAACCUUUAUUCGUUUACAGAAGAGGAAUUUCGUUCAAACGACUCCGACAUCAAAUGA